ACUGAUUUAAAAAAAAUGACUGCACUUAUCCUUAGAUCUUUUAAUCUACUUUUAAAAAGUAAAACUUUUAAAAAUCUUCGGCUACCGCUAACCAAUGGAAUUUUUAGGAAGAAAUUUUCUUCUCAACCUCACUCAGAGAGAUAUGAACGCUUCUUAAAACUCCUGAAAAAAACAGUUACCAUCUCAUCCAUAGGUCUUGCAUCAUAUGUAGGUUUAAAAGAACUACAAGUAAAUCCAGUAUAUGCUAUAUCGAAUAGAAGUAAUAAUAAUUUUAUAGCUGAGGUUGUCAAGAAAGUAUCCCCUGCGGUUGUUUACAUUGAAAUUCAAAGCCCUCAUCCAUCAGGUAGAAAAAUGAUUCCUGUAUCCAAUGGUUCUGGAUUUAUUGUUGAUCCGUCUGGAGUGAUAUUAACAAACGCCCAUGUCUUAGCUAAUAGACGAACUGUCUUAGUCCGACUACAGGAUGGUAGAUCUUUCGAAGGUGUAGUACAAGCGGUCGAUCGAGUAACAGAUAUGGCUACGAUUAAAAUAAAUGCUUCUAAUUUGCCUAUCUUUCAAUUGGGAGAUAGCUCUCAACUAGAUCCAGGAGAAUGGGUCAUUGCUAUGGGCUCUCCUUUUCAACUAUCAAAUACUGUCACAUUGGGAAUAGUAAGCUCUGCGGGUAGAGGAAGUAAGGAAUUAGGAUUAAGAAAUAGCGAUAUGGAAUAUAUUCAAACAGAUGCAGUUAUUAAUUUUGGCAAUUCAGGCGGCCCUUUGGUCAAUCUCGAUGGGGAAGUUAUAGGAAUUAAUACUAUGAAGGUUACUACUGGAAUUUCCUUCGCUAUUCCUAUCAAUUACGCUAAGCCCUUUUUGAAGAGAGCUAGUAAACUUGAUAAACCUUCUAGUUCAACAUCGCUGUCACCAGUUAAAAAAUAUAUUGGCGUUACAAUGCUUACACUAAAUCCUAGACUAAUAAUGGAGCUAAAGAUACGAGGAGUCAUGGAUGGCCCUUUUCCUGAGGUUGACCAUGGUGUUCUAUUACAUAAGGUGAUAGUUGGAUCCCCAGCCUGGAAAGCAGGUUUAAGGGCAGGAGAUGUUAUUACAAAUGUUAACGACAAGGAUAUUCAAUCAGCCAAGGAUGUUUAUUCGGCCGUCGAAGAAAGUACUAAACUAAAAGUUACUGCUAAGAGACCUAGAGGUGAAACAGUUAUACUGAAUGUUACUCCUGAAAUUCCUUGA